AUGAGCGAGAAUGAUCGUAUGGUAUCCGAAGUAGACGAUGGAGACAUUAUGAUUAAAUACCUUCGUGACAAGAUCAUUGGCCAUCCGGCGGUCUUUUCACGUGCAGGAGAAUUACCGAUUGAAGAUAUGCCGCCGAUGAAACGAACUAAUUCUCAGAAUAGUUUGAACGAUCUGAUGUCCGCAAGUACCAUAUCAAACGAUACAACCAGUCAGGUUGAAAAACUUCUCGCUGCUGCAGCUGGCCGACGACCGACAUCAUCGUCAUCACCGAUCAUCAUUCCCAAAAAGCCAUCUCGUUCGAAUGCAUCAUCUCAUAGCUCUUCGUCAUACACAUCCGUCGUUGACCAAAUAUCUUCAUUCGGAGAGUCUUCAAUGCCAUCAGAUGAUGUUUCAAUGCCAACACUGCCAUCCGCUUGUCAACAAUUAGAACAUUCAGCCGCUCGAGAUCGUAUUUCAGUUAAAAAUAAACGACGACAACCGCUUAAACAAAAAUUGAGUACACUUCGAGAAACGGAUGACAACGAUGUCGAUUUAUUUGCAUCCAAAAUUGACGAUAAUAAUACUAAUGACGAUGAUGACGAUCUAAUUGUACCACCAGUACCGACGAAACAGAGUUAUAUAUUCAAUCAUUUAUUUUCGUCACCAUCUACAACAGCUAUGACUAUUUCAUCAACACCAGAUGAGGAACAAUCAAGAAUGAUGAUGACAAGUCAUGUGGAGCCGAAAAUUUUGCAACCGUUGUUUGAUUCAUCUGACUUGGGUUCUGCUCGAGCACGACUUCGAAUGUCUGUUCGUCCACGUGAUCGUUCAGCAGAUAAUAUCUUGUUAGCAACUAACACAAAUAUGACUAGUGAAACAUCUUCUACUCGCCCGACGCUUGCACCAGUGAACAGCAGUCCUAUUCAGCGCUCUGUUAGCUUCAAACGACCACAGGAAAUCAAUGAUAUCAAAUUGAAACCUCGACCGAUUUUAAAGUCAAGAAAAGAAGAAUCGCGCAAGAAUGAUUUACCAUCGACAGAGACAAUUGAGAAUGAGUCAACAUCUGUUGAUCCACCGAACCAUGACGAAGAAACACAAAAUCUGAGUCGAUCACGUUCAUCGUCUCAAGAACAUAUCUAUGAUAAUCUUGAUGUUUUUAAACGUCCGAAACCAACGAAUAUCAUGCCCUCGCACGAAGACGAACCAUCGCCAGCUACAUAUGUUAAGACAAGAGAACAUCCUGUAUCAACACCCCGCUUACGCCCAACAACCAUGCUAGUGUCAACUAACAAUGAUAAACCAUCGACAAAUGAGUUUGAAAAUGUGUUUAAUCAAUUUAAAAAACGUGGUUCAAUUUGUCGUGUUCCAGCAAACGAAGAAAAUGCAAUUGCACCUGUCCCUGUUGAAGAAGCUCGUGCGCCUACGCCUCCACCGUCUGUUGAUCCUGCGCAACCUAUCAAUGAACCGACAACUAAGCCUGCUGACACAACACCUGUACCACAAGCUUCGAAUCGACGAAAAACAGUUGGUGGCGUUUGUCUCCCAGCGGGUAAUAAAGUUGCAACGAAUGACAAUAAACCUGCAGCAUCGUGGAUAGACAUUGCUAAACAAAAACAAAAUAAAUUUCAAUCGAUUUCGAAUGAUAAAAAACAUGAGAAUGAAUCUGAACAAGCUGUUCUACAUGAACCAGUGGUAACAACUCGAAAAACAACGCCAUCUACUGAUGUUCGAUUAAAUCGAAAAUCUAUGUUUGAACAACCGACAAAUCAAUCGAAUUCACAUGUACUAGAACGCGAUUCAAUACGAGCACUGAAAGCCGGCAAUCCGAAUCGUAUCAAUAAUUUAAUUCAAUUUUUUGACAAAUAA